UCGAAAGUUCAAAUCAUUUUGCAAAGUGAAUAAACUUUCAACUUUCAAGUGUUUUAUCAGAUUAGAAAUGUUGUAACAAUCGAUAUGAGCGGAUUAAAGUCUCUGCUAUCGAUAGUAAUAGCGAUUUGCAAAAUGCGCCAAUGUAGAAUUUACUUUAGUCUAGUUGUUCAGUGUUUUUUCGACUCUCUAAGUGACUCAUUUACACUUCAUUGUUACAGACUUUCAUCGCAAUGUGCAUUUUAAUUUUUAAAUAACCGUGUAGAGAUAAUGUUGCUGUAAUACGGUGUGAGAUAAUCAAACUAUCCAGCUUCAGUAUUCUUAUUUUUUUUAAAAUUCAUAGUCAUAUUUUAAGAGUAACCAUGGAAGGUAUCGAUAUGCGUUAUCUUGGAAAUGUAUUCAAUUCUUCAUUAAUUGGGGAAGACGAUGUUGAUCUCAAUUAUUAUUUACAAGCUUACGAAGAAUUAUAUAAAUUAUGUUCGCUUUUGGGCACAAUAUUCGGUUUCGUUGGUUCCGAAAUCUCGAGCAAAAUGGAUGUAUUGAAGAAACUGAAACGCAGCGAUACUGAAGAUCACUUUAGCACCAUGAAAACUAUGAUAUUUUACGAGCAAAAUGCCAAUUUACUAUAUGAUUCUCAAUACACAUCAGGAAGUCGAACACUACUACGACUUCAUCGAGGGCUAGCCUUCAUUUCGAUGUUCCUGGCCAAAGUGCAUAGGUUAGAAAUGCACGAAGGCACUUCAGAAGCCGGUAAACAGGCAUAUGAAGCUACUCUGGCACAAUAUCACACAUGGUUCGUUCGAACUGGUGCUAACAUAGCGAUGUAUGCAUUACCUACGAAGGAAGCGUUAUUAAACAGGGUUUGUCCUGAGAAUAUUGAUCAGUGUGUGACAUCUCUACCGAGUAUGUUAGACGCUUUACAAGUGGUUUAUGAUCGUGUCCAAACGUUCUAUGAAGAUAAUAAUCUACUAGGUUUACCAUAACACUUAAUCAAAUGCUCAAAAAGUGUAAGAAUUUAUCGGCCUCAUUUAUUUCAACAACCUGCUCAAUUUUUGGACAUCAUUGCUACAUUUUAUAAUAAUUAGAAAAAUAAUUUUUAAGAAUAAUGAUGAUCAAAAGUAAUUAUUUUAAUUUUUUUGUCCCAUCGUGUCGCGUCGAUGGAGUUAGUGAAUUCAAUAUAUUUUUAUAGUUUCUGGAAAUGACAACUAUCCAGAAUUGGUUUCAUAAAUUUUACGAACUAAUGUGACGAUAAGUGCGUAGAAUUUAUCGUCGUACGUUUUGAUUUUCGUACCAAGUAUUAUUAUUACAUUAGUAAAUUUCUACUUAAUUUAUUAAGCGAAAAGUGAAGGAAUAUUUAUCGUCAUGAAAACUAGUCAUUCUCCAGUUCCAGUAUGUUCUGUGUUUUUUGAUUUUUGUUUCCUUUUUUGCUUACAAAAAAAGGCAUUGUAAUUUUCUUCCUUCUGAUGUACCGAAAAACAAGUGCCAAAUAAAUUUGUCGAUGAUAACCGACAGAAGGAAAUUGCCUUUUAAAAAAUCUUCCACGUUGAAUUCGGUUAUUUGAAUUAUAAAUUCAAUUCACUUCCCUUCUUAAGUGAUAGUGUUAUUUUUUAAGGUGUUUUCAAGAAGGAUGACGCAUAUGAGUCAGAUAUUUAAUACACUCUUCCGUCUAAAAAUACAGUUUAAAAUAACAGUCGUCGAAAAUUUAACUCACAUUACGACUCAUUUUAUUGAAUUAUUUAUACAAACAAUUCAAACCUCUAAAUUAAUUUUGUUCCCACUCGUUUUGUCAUUAUCAUAUUUUCCCCAUAUGAUUUGCGUAAGUCAUUUUUUGCCUUGGUCAUUUUCAUUUUUGGCGCUAAAAAACUCAACGAGUGAAAUCUCGAUAUAAAUUGCAUUGCUCCAUUUUUCCAUGAUUAAUGAAAAGUUAUUCAAUACUUACUGAGGAAAUUGACUGCGAUAAGUAACAUUUUUAUAAUGACGAGUUCGUGAAAUUAAUUCAUUAUUUAUGAUUAUUCAUAUUCGAGAAAGUAUACGUACGUUUUGAAUUUUAUUUCCCCACCAUGUGAAAUAAUUUCCAAUUCAAAUAUGUACCUAGAGAACAGUGGCGCGUAUUCCUUGAAUAAUUAAUAUUAGUACAUUAUUUGGAAAGUUGAAAAUUUUCAAUAUCCUGGUUUUUAUGUAAUUAAUAGAAAAUUGCGUGCUUUUAUUACUACCUAUUUGAUUUGUUUUCAAAUUACUGCCAUGAAGAAAUAAACCCAUAAGGUGAAAUUUUCAUCACGUCAACUGAAUCGGUCAGUGCAGAAAGGUAACAAGUCACAUUUUUGAAAAAAAAUUUUUUUGCGGAAAUGGGGGUUUCAAAGUAUGGCGGAUCGACUGGUGAUGUCAGAUUUCCGCAAAACUGCCGGGAAAGUGGUAUUUGGGCGCAGAAAAAGGGCGGAUCCGCAUUUAUGACUUUUUUGUAAAAUUUUUUAAAUUCCUUGAAAAAUAACUAACAUUUUUGAGAAGACCAUUUUUUGAAAUUUAAGUUAAUCUCUGAACUGAAAAAGGAUGAAAAAAUUAACAACUUCGACAAAAAGUCUUAGAACUCAAGGGGUUUUUGGUCAAUUUAAACGGGAUAGCAGUCUAAAUGAUGUACUUAGAUGUAGAAUCAAGCCCCAUUCGUGCCCGAGAAAUUUCGAAAGAAAUUUUGUCAAUUCAGUGCAGAAAGGGUCUAAGUCCCAUUUGUUUAGGCAGCAACAGCACUGGCGCACGUGAAUAUUUUUUUUUGGAAACUGCGCUAAAAGUUGUGUCUUUGGGUCCUCUUUCAAUGACCUUAAGCAUGUUUACUGAAAUUUUUUGAUUUUUGAAUGAAUCAGUUUUUUGUUAUUCCUGAAAAACGCAAAAAUGGACUUAUGCCCUUUCUGCACUGACCGAUUCAACUGCAAUAUUAAAAAAAAAAACUGAUCACUUCUGCGCGCCUUUCUUUUUUAAAAAUACAUAUGUACUAUGUAGUGCUUCGAUGGAAUGUGAGAACAGUGAUGAAGAUGUGUGAUUUUUCAUUUUUCGUUGUAGAAUUUAAUGCCUGUUUUAAAUUUGGCAGCUGCGUUAUUUUAAAAAUUCGUGUUAUUUAUUUGUAAAAUUUCAAAUUCGUGCAAUGUCUGCUCUACUUUGAAAAUUUACCAAAAAAUUUAUUACCUACCAAAACGAAUAAUUAUGAUAUGAUAUCAAAUUUUUAUUUAGGUACCUACUUUUUUAAAUAAUUCGUUGAUUAUUUUUUUACCAUUAUUAAUUUAAACAAAUUUUUAUUUUAUUAUAAUCGUACCUAUCGAUUCCGUUAAUGUUUGUAAGACUUUUAUGUCAGUAAAUUUCGAUGGUUCCCAAAGCUGUAUCUGUGCUAAUUGAACAUUUUUCAAUAACGUACAUAAUGUUAAAUGUACGAAAUGUAGUGUUUUUUGAAAAAAUAAUUCAUAACGUAAGUUAUUCUGGUGCAUUACGAAUGGGGACCAUUAUUGAAUAGUCAUUUUAUGUUAAUUAUGUUACGUUUUUGUAUCAUCAAUUAAAACUGAUCUAUUUUUCAGUACGUAGUACCUCUACCUACUUAUUUGUGUAUUUUUAUUCUUCUUGUUUUUUUUUUGCAAAUAUUUUAGUAGUUUUAAAACAAAUAAAUUUUUCAACGCGUU